AUGCCCUCCAAGAUCAGAGAUAACAGUCCCGAGCGGCGGAGGGAGAAGAAGGAGACUUCCAAGUCGAGCGAAAGGAAAGACAGAGACAAGGAUCGAGAUCGAGAGCGGCACCACAAAUAUUCCUCCCACCGCAAGACCUCUACAAGAGAAAAGACUUCAUCGAGGUCCUCAUUGUCUCCCGCAGAUCCCAAGAGACGAUCUUCAAUGCCUGGAAUCAUUGUCGACGACGAACUUCCCAAGAACGAUUCCAAGUCAAGUCUACCAUAUCCCACCUUUUCGAAGGAACAUAGCCGUGAGGCGGUAGCACCUCGGCCUCCUCUCAACAUCUUCACUCCUCCCACCACCGAUCUCAAUGCCUCAAAGGACCGUCUAUCGAGCACAAAGCCCACUGCACCUCCCAGUCCACCACUCACCGAACAAACAUCGACUGCGGGGAAAUGGAAACCAAGUCCGGGGAAGCCAGUCUUGGUGGAGACUAUACCAGAGGGGGAGAAGGAGCCUAGUAGCAGAGAUUCCAAGAUAAAGAUCAGGCUGCGGCAACAAUCAUCCAAUUCGAAUGGCCAUUUGCGUACCUCGUCCGAUGUGGGAUCCAAUCGUUCACUCCAUAAGAAGCCACGCGAACACACCCCGACCAGGGAGACACCCCUCAAAGUCGCAACUCCAAUACAGAGAUCGGUGAGCCAGCCCGUCAGGCUCGACUCUCCAGCUACCACGACAAGCAUCACCGAUUCAGGCACUAACAUCAGCUCCGAGGCAACUUCCAUUGCACCAGAGCAACCAAGUUUACAGCGGCCGGGGUCCAAGUUACAAUCGGCUCAGAAUACUCCGGACGUGCACAUCUUGCCGCAAUCUCGAGGAGUCACGCCGUUAGAGGUGUUUAUUGAAGAAGAUAGCCCUUCUUUGUUACGUAGCACUCCAGGCACCGGCAUCACGUCGUUCACCCCGGGCCCUCCACCACCACCUCCUGCUCCGCUGCCCAUUGCGGUACCCAAGGUCGAUUACCUUUUGCAAUAUGGUGGGCUGCAUCAAGCAAUAACCAAGAAUCUACUACUGGCCGGAAAACCAAUGGCAGUUCAACAGGCGCAAAGUCCCAGCCAACAACCCAUUGUCGUGGCAAAUUUGUUUGAACCAUACACGGCACUUCUGGACCAGUAUGAGAAAGUCAUGUCCAAGAAUGGGUCACUGGCUGUUGCGACUGGGUAUCGAUCAGUAGCCAGGAGGCUAUUAGAUCGGCUUGAGGCCGUCUUUGCCCGCGACAUAUCAAGCGAGAAUUGCUAUUGCCCAAUCUGCAAUGCAGCGAGCGAUCGAUCAGAAGAUGAACCUGGUGUUAGCUGGGGAGAGGUCCUGGAAUUUGUCUGUGGACGCAAGGAUCUCCCAGCUUGGCCUCCCUUCACCUUCACUCAGUCGCCUGUAGGUUUAGGCAUAUCUGUUGAGUUUCAUACUCCAAUGCAAAAGCUCGAUAUUGAUGUUCCUGAGGAGUACAGAGAGCAUUACAUUCGCCAGUCUCGAAAAACGAAACAAUCAGUUGAUAAAUGGUUAAGUCGACAGACACCAGGAGAUACCCCAACUUCUCCGCCAGAUGAAGUCGACGAUGAGACACUCACAUUCGCCAUUCUAACACAUCUUCCUGUCGAUCAAAGAGCACCUUUCAAGAACCUAUUAGGUAUAGUGGACAACCCAGCGGAGCCACCCCAUAGGGUUCCGACCCCUGAGCUCAAAAAUGGUCUUACACUCCCUCCGGAGCCUGCUAGAACCCCAACGCCUGCCCCGCGCUCUACGCCUGAACACGUUGGCCUUGCAAGUCAAGCCAUACAACGACUGUACCGACUCAAUUGCACACCUCGUGACUGUGAAGCAGCCUUGUUUCUUUUACACAACCAAACGCUCCAUAAUACACUUGCCACCCUUGCUGCCAUCAGCAAUGACGAAUGGGACAUUCUGGUCUCUGGACGUUUUGACGGUUUUCUGCGGUCAGGGGCUGAGGAAACUUUCCCAUCUCCAGACCCGAUAGCAUCUCGGGGGCAAACACCACUCCGUCCACCAACACGCGGGUUGACUCCAGGCUAUAAUCAAUCCGCCAGUACUAUGGGCGGUAUCCCGCGCUCUCGACAAGGCAGCUAUAGUCAGACAAAUUCCGGAAUGUCUGCGCACCAUGGUGCACCUAUAGCAUUUGAUGAAGAGACUGAGCUUGCAACACUGGCUGAAAUAGAGCGUGAUAUAUACACUGGUAUGGAAGCACUCGAAGAUGCGUUUGAAACCCUUCAUCAAAAAGCCGAGAUUGUGAGACGCACUAUACGCGAACGAAGUGCUGGGCUCGCGGCUGCCGCACAACGAAGACGUGGUACUGGCGUCGAGGUCAGAAUGGGCACACCUGCAAGUGCGGCCAGCUAUGAGAACGGGCAUUUCCGGUGGGAAGGAGAAACAGAUGACGGACUCGGUGACUGGGAUGCUGUUAGUGACAUACUUCCUGAUGAUAGUGCGAGCAACAUCUCGAGUUCCAGACGAAGAAGACCGAAGCGACGGAAUGAGAGGAGGACACCGGCUCUCAUUGAAGAGGAGGAUGAGUUUGAGGGCGAAAGCGAGGGUACCCAGAGCCCAAGGAAGCCAGGCUACAGGUAA